UCGUGUAUUUGAUCAAAGCUGCCUGAUCAAACCCAUACAUAUUUUCUCAGAGGCCCCCCUGCCUAUAUCUAAAAUCCCCUAGCAUGGCUGAGAAGUGCUGAUCGACUAUCAACUCGAUCAACAUUUAAGAGGAAACAUUCUCAUUAGUAUUUCCCACAGCUCGAUCGGUUUUCUGGGUUCUCAGUUUCAACUCCACCUUUCAGGAGAAGCAAAAGAAAGAGGAGCAAUGGAAAAGAUGGGGAUGACAAAGGGAGAAAAGUGAACCCGAGUAUGCAUGUAGCAGAUUUUUCCAUUACAGAAUCAAAAAUCAACUGACAUCAAACGAGAAAAAGGCGGAUACACUUGUUUGGUGAAGAACUGAACAUACUAUACACUUUUCUCUCAUAGCAUGUCUGAGAAGUGACAAGUAUCCUAUCAACUUGAACAACAUUCAACAGAAAAAUCAGACUUUCAUUAGUCUUUGCACAGCUUGGUUCAUGUUCAAAAAUCUCAGUUUCAAGUCCACCCAUCAGCAAUGGCCUUACGUACAAAGGAGGAACAUAUAAAGAAGAUAUUGGAGCUGUUGAAGGAUCCCAAUGUGUCAACAGUAGUUCUUGAUGGGAAGCGUGGAGUAGGGAAAACGUGGAUAGCAAAAGAGAUAAUCAAGGAUAAAGAUUUAAUCCAUGACACUCUCUGGCUGUAUGUGAAUAACAAUUAUGACACAGAAUCUCUUCACGAAAACAUUGCUCGCCAGCUAUCUCUAUUCUCUAUUCAUGAGGAAUGGGAAGAUGAUGAUGCUGCUGAGGAGGAGCAGAGCUUGGAGAAGUUGAAGCCGAGAAUAUCUGAGAAGCUUGAAGAGUUCAGAUCUGCAGCACAUAAAGAAAAGAAACUAUUUCUUCUAGUCCUGGAUGAUGUUCCUCAUCAGAAGGAUGUAGAGGAGAUUAUGAAAGAAGUUGACAACCUGCUGACUUUAAAUGAAUCUUUCAAGGUUUUAAUCACCAGAGACGAAAGCGAUGGAAGAGGCACCACGCUGGGGAUGAACCAGGAAAUUAAGAGUUGCAAUACAAUAGUAUACCCGAUAGAUCCAUUGUCCACUGAUGAGUCCUCGGCUUUAUUGCGUGAAAACAUAAUCAAGGAAGAAGUUCUUGAUUGUCCAGGCUUUGGAAAACUAUCCAACGCUAUUGUGGAGAUGAGUAAGGGUAUUCCUACUGUACUUAUCACGACAGCAAAAGCAAUAAAUUACUUGGCAGAUAAAGGUUCCGGCGUUUGGUCGUUGGAAAAUAUUUUGGAAGAAGCAGCUUAUGAUGGGGAAACUGCUAUAAAUCUGCUACUUCGCUCUUGGUGCAAUGCAUUGCCAAUCGGUGCUCCGACCGACUGCUUUUGGCAUUCCAUGCAGCUUCUCAACAAACAUGGUGGUGUUCAUUACAAUGAGUUGAUCACACAAUGGAUAAUGGAAGGAUAUUUUGGAUGCAACAAUCAGAUUGGGAAGGUCUAUGAGCAAGGACAUAAGGUCCUGAUGUGUUGUAAAACUAACAUAGAAAGUAAUGCGUAA